UUACCACACCUGCGCGCGUGUCCGACAUCAAAGCAGCCGCCGGUGACACGUAGUCCAGCUGGCAGACAUCCAACAACAAACAUGGCAGCCGUGCGGAGCAGCGUCCAGCAUGCGUCCAUUGCGGCAAACAUGGCGCAGGAGGAGUGGAUGCCAGGGUCGCUGGAGGAGCUGCAGCUGGAGGUGGUGCGGCUGCGGCAGGAGCUGGACCAGGCCACGCAGGAGAAGAUCCAGGCCGCCGAGUACGGGCUGCAGAUGUUAGAGGAGAGAGGGCUGACGUCACAGCAGUACGGAGAACUGGAGUCCGUGUACGAGUCCACCAACAGGGAACUAGAUUUCGCCAAGAAGAGCCUUGAAGACUUACACCUGAGAUAUCAGAAGUUGUCUCAGGACAGCCAGGAGCGCGAGGAGACACUGCUGAAGGAGACCGCCACCAGAGAGGCGGGGUUCGUCAACAGGAUAGCCAGCAUGGAGGAGGAGGUCAGGCACUCCAAGCAGGCAUUAACCAACAUCAAGUCUGAAAACGACAGACUUGCGAGACUGAAGGUUGAAAGUGACCACACCAUAGACUCCCUGGAGAACCAGAGGAAAGAACUCAAGGAGAACGUCAAGGAACACAAACAGCGCGAGACCAGGCUCAUGCAGGACUACAGGCAACUGGAAGAGGACAACCUGUUGCUCAAAAAGCAGAUGUCAAUCCUUAAGUCCUCCCAAGUGGAGCAGGGUGCCUUGAAGAUUGAGAACAAGCGACUCCUUGAGGACAUAGAACUGGUGAACAGCCAACUGAAGGAGGAGAGCAGAGUCAAACAGGUCGCACAGAAGCAGUUGGAAGAAGCCCUGAACACUUUAGACGAUGAACGAGAACAGAAGAUGGUCUUACAGCAGCAGGUCGACUCUUUGACGAGUAACCACAAGAUUCCAACAACUCCCGACUCUCCUAGGAUCUUCCCAUCACCGAGACAGUCUCCCACUCCGGUCACCGACUUUCUCAGCGAGUUUCGGACCUCAGAGAUUGAAAUGCUCAACGAACAACUGGAAAAGAUCAAGACGGAGAAGGAGACGUUGUUGAAGACGCUAGAAGAGGCGAAUGGGAAAGUGUCUCAGGCUGAAAAUUACAACAAGAAGUUGGAGGCUGAGAAGCUGCGAUAUCAAGACAGCAACAACACGAUACAUAAGGAGCUGCAAACGAUGACUGAGGAGCUGAAACAUAUCUACAAGACCGCGCUGAUGAUCAACGGCAAACGGCUGAGCAGAAUAAAAGAGGCCGGGAGGACUCCUACGAAAGAGAAGCAACCGGCUCGGAAAAGAAGUGGGAGCAAACUUGAAUCCAAGACAAAACAACACUUAAGACCCUCCGGCGCAAAUACUCAAGAGCCUUCUGGGAUAGACGGAAAAUCUCAAAAGAACAAAGCAAAGUCUUUAUUGGGCGGCCACGUAGAAGGAAAAACACAAAAGCCAGACAGUAAAGUUACGGAUCCAAUAACUUGCCACGUGCUGCUCCACACGACUAAGGAUCAGAUCAAACAGGUGAGACGUACAGUAGACAGAACACUCGACAUCACCAGUCAACUUUCGUACGUCGACUCAUCAAUGGCCGCCGAACGGCUGGAACUCCAGGAGCAGGUACAGAAACUGAAAACUCUGCUCAACUCCAAGAGAGAACAAGUCGCGUCUUUGCGAACUGUGCUAAAAGUCAGCAAAGCAGCGGCGGAGACUGAACUCACGACGCUGCAACAAAGCUUCAACACGUCGAGAGAUAGAGAUCAGGAGGAACUGGGUUCCCUGUGGGAGGAGGUACAAGAGCUUCGAGAGGAGGUGGCAAACUUCCACACGCUGCGCACGGGUUGGGCGAGUCGCUGCGACGAUCUAGUAGCGCAGGUAGAGGAGAUGCAGGACCACGUCGCCGCGUUAGAGACAGAAAAGAACGACGUGCUGAAGAGACAAGAGGCGGCUGAGAAGGAGAGGAAAGAACUGGAGGCCGCUCUGAUGGCGGCGGUGCAACAAAAAGUAGAGUUGGAACAAAAACUAGAAGAUUACCUCGACCAGUUCAAUCGGUUGAAAAGAUCCGGUGCCCGCAUAUCGUCGACAAUCAAUGUAGUAUGAUGAUCAUAAACUCCCGUUCAUAUGCAUUUAAGGUUGUCUCUUCAUCUAGUAUUGUAAUAAACUAUUCCAAGAGCGAGAUAUGAUAUUAUCACUUGUCAGUUGAGAUUUUUGUUUCCUUCGCAGAUUCCACUCUUUUUAGAUGUUUUGUUUUACCCAUAUGUGAACACAUUAAAUUUUCGUUUGUAUAUUA